AUGGACCAAGAGAGUGGCCCAGUGCCACCAAACGCCCCAUCGCUUGGCAUGCCUCCCCAGAAUCGAUCAGCCUUGCCAUCUCAGAACCAACCAGGCAACAAGUCAACAUGGUUCAUGCAGCGCCCAAGGAUUCUUGGGGCUGAUCUGACACCAUUCUCCUUUGCUAAGCCAGCCAGUAAUCGACAAGGAUUUACGUUACGAAAUCUGCCUAAACAUCCUCCAAUCAAUGUAGCAAUUGGAGAAACCACAAUGUCUCGAGAGAGUCAAAAUGUUGCGGUACAAGAUUCGAUAGAAUCAAUUGCUCAAUCAAGCACUCCUUUGGCUCCUGUAGAGGACUCUCAGAUCCCUCCUGCCAACAUCGCAUCUAAUGAAGUGAACGGUACAUCUAAAGAAGGCUCCCCAAUGGCUUUGUCUUCUGGUCGCGACCUCGUCUGCUUCACAGGAUCCAAAACUACAAACGUGAAAUUAAACCCCGUGCUAGAGAUAGCUCGGCAGAGACCCUCUAAGCCUCUAAAGCCGAUGGAUGAUCCAGUGUUUAUCGUGAGCCCCAACACUGAUCCCAAACCCGAGGUAGAAAAACCAAGCCACUCUAUUGUACUUCCACUCAUUUCUGCAAAGGUCAAUACCUCGCCUCAGGCUUCGGUGAGGUCAAUCCACACCCAAGACCGAGGAAUGGACACGGUCACUCCCAUAAAUCCCGCGCCUCAGAUUCAACUGCCGGUAAAGCACGACUUUCCAAGUCCAAAGCGUGCCACUCGAGUUCGAAAGGUAAAGCCUGCUAAGCGACAGAAGUCCUAUGAAACUCACCAGUUUACCGAAGACAAACUCUUCGAGCUUCUCAUUGGCAAAAUUAAACUGCGGGAAGAAAACGAAGCCUCGGCAGCUUACUUACAGCAGCAACUCGAGGCUCAAAACAUUCAGCUGAGGGAUGAAAACCGGGAACUAGAACAGCAGAUGCAAGAACUUCACCUUCGUCUUGAAAAGAGGAACGAAGAAUGCAAAGCAAACAUUUCCUUGCUCGGCGGAUGGAAGACGAAAGUUCGGAACAUAAAACAGAUUGUCAAUGAGUUGGGACACGGUUAUGAUGAACUUCGAGAUGAGGCUGACCAGCUGAAAGAAACAGUUUCAUCUCUCAGCAAAGAGAAACGUAAUUUCACGAACAUCAUUAACGACACGAAAGUGCGUAUCACUCAAGCCGAAGGGGCCAUCGAGUUCCAACGGAACAAAAACUCCAAUUAUGAGAAAACCAUUGCUUUGUUGGAGCAAGGACUACAGAGCUCACAAGAUAUGGAGGAGGCAACAAAAUCAGAACUCUUUGAUCAAAAAAGACGGACAGCGACUCUAGAGUCAUAUAUACAGGGCCACGCUUCAGCUCAGUCAAAGCAACUUAUUGUGAUAAAAGAAAAUCAAGAUCUCCUGCUUGGGCGGAUUGCUGCAGGCAUCACUACCAUCACUGAUGGUCUCAACACUGCCAAUAACAACCACGCAUUGGCAGUUAAAGAUGCCUUUGAGGAAUGCCGUUCUUCAGUCCAAGUCCUGGCCGAAAGGUCUUCGGAGGAACAGAUCAAUACUGCAAGGUUUACCCAAAAAGCUCAUGAAGUGGUUGAGAGCAUCGACUGUUUAUCCUCUCAAUUCACUUUAAAUGCUGAGGGGGUCAUCAAAAUCAAUAACGAAGUUUCAAAAACAAUGCAAAAGAGGUUCAAGGAAGUUGAGUCUCACAUUGGCCCGGAAUCACUAAUCAUCAAGCAGCUUGGUUGUUUUUUUGAUACUUGCGGGUCUUUGAAGGAGAAGCUUGAGGUCAUGGGGCCAAAGCUAGGCGCACUGAAUACCUCUGUGGAGACAAUCACAGCUGCCGAGGGCAGCCUUAUUCAUCAACUCGAGGACGUGGGCAAAAAAAUCUCGGAAGCCCAAAUUCCAGCAAACAAUGCAAUUAUGGAUAAGGAGUUAGCAAGCAAAUUCGCCGAAAAUACGCAGUUGCAAAUUAGGCUCCACGAUAUAGCUUCAGAGAUUGACAGUCUCAACAAACUAUUAGGAGAAAAGAAAGCAAAUAUUGAGGACUUGCAAGGGUCUUUGCUAGAGGCAACUGACAAGCAGCAUUCAAUCGAAGCCCAGAACAAACGAUUGGCGAUCGAAAAGACAGACUUGCAGUUAGAAUUCGAAUCAACUGAGCGAAGUAUUCGACAGGAGCUCGAUGAGAAAAACUUUGAUUCUUUGAAUCAAAUGAAAUUCGAACAUCAAAUUCAAAUUCAAUCUCUUCAAAAAGAGAAGGACGAUAUCGAGAAGGUUGCUGGGGAACUUGUUGCUCAGCUUGAACUCAUUCAACAAUCUCUGGUCGAGGCGAAGGACCUCGUCAGUGAGCAAGUUCAAGAGUCUGAACUCCAGCUUCAAGAAAGACAGCAUCGCAUUGAGGAACUGGAGAGGUGUUAUACGGAGUCCAUAGCCCAGCUCGCAAUUCAAACCGAAGAAAUACAAAAGUUUCAGGAGCUCGACGCGACGUCUCGUGUCGAAAGCACUGGCUUGCGUGACCGACUGGAGCAAGCUCAACAGAAAAUCCUUAAUCUUGAGCAAAAGCUCAACUACUCUAUUCAGACAGAAGCUAUUUCAAAACAACUGGUGCCGCAGACAGGCACGUCACAGUACGGCGAAUCGUGUGACUUCGCAAUGCUCUUUAUGUCAGACGAGAUAUGUCCUUCUACUGUCGCCAACGAUGUUCCUAGCCCAAAGCUGUCUCCAGGAAGCCCCAAAGAUGCUGUCAGAGAUGACGACGGAUAUGUUCCACCCCCUGAAAGCAUUGGCACAUCAUUUCUCAGUCCCAAGAAAAGGGAGUUUCCUGAUCAAUAUAACAAACGCGAAGCAGUCAUGUCAAAAGCCCAGCAAAACAGAAAAAAGGGGAAGAAGCCAGCCACGGUCCAAAGAACAAUCACCGUAUCCACAGUGCGACUUCGAUGGUUCAACAAGAACAAGCUGUGGCUCCUCCUCGUACUUCCACCGCUGAACGGCGACCUAGUCCAAAGGGUCUUCUUUCUGCAAGCAGUGCGCAAGCAACUAACAGGCCAAAGACGCGAGCUCGCCUCCGGCGUCGCUCCCGAGGAGAAAAAUACGACGCGCGCUUUCAGAUGGGCUGAUUUUUGA